CACAUGCGCCAGCCAGACCCCAGGAGCCACGCUAUGGGGGGCCUAGCCCCACCCCAAGCAGCUAAAGAAGUACAAGGCCAGGGCAACCAAGGACCCGGACGGUGCCUUAGAAGCGAGCCAGGGCGCCGCGCAGUCGCGAGAAUUAGAGGCUCGAGAUAGUUCCGCAAAACCGAUCUCUCAACACCUCUUUUACCCGGCUCCCCAAAAAACCAUGGACUCGUAGCCGUGGCAAAAUGUCCGUCAUUCUCUGCACAGCUGGCUACGACCACACUAUCAGAUUCUGGGAGGCUCUAUCCGGAAUCUGCUCCCGCACAAUCCAGCACCCCGAUUCCCAGGUGAACCGGCUGUGCAUCUCCCCCGACAAGCGCUUCCUCGCCGCUGCGGGCCACCACACGGUCAAGCUCUUUGACAUCCGCUCGACCAACCCCGCCCCGCUGCUCGUCUUCGAGGGCCACACGGGCAACAUCACAGGCGUUGCCUUCCACUGCGAGGGGAAAUGGAUGGUGACGAGCUCCGAAGACGGCACCGUCAAAAUCUGGGAGACGCGGACGGGCGCCAUCCAACGCAGCUAUAACCACGGAUCGCCGGCCAACGAUGUCGUUAUCCACCCAAACCAGGGCGAGAUCAUCAGCUGUGACCGCAGUGGGAGCAUCAGACUGUGGGACCUGGCCGAGAACACGUGCUCGCACCAGCUCAUUCCUGAAGACGAGGUCUCCGUUUCGAGCGUCACGGUUGCCAGCGACGGCACUCUUCUCUGCGCAGCCAACAAUACUGGCAAUGUGUUUGUGUGGCAGCUCAUCCAGGCUUUCGAUAGGACGCAACUGGUGCCCCUGACCCACUUCAACGCCCACAACCAGUACAUCACGCGCAUUCUGCUCUCGCCAGACGUCAAGAAGCUGGCCACCUGCAGCGCCGACCACACCGCCAAGAUCUGGGAGGUCAAGGCGAUGGAGCCGUCGGGGCUCGAGGCGGAGCCCAGGCCGUUCCCGCUCGAGGCCACGCUGACGAGCCACCAGCGCUGGGUGUGGGACUGUGCAUUCAGUGCGGAUAGUGCCUACCUGGUCACAGCCUGCAGCGAUCACUACGCGCGACUCUGGGAGCUACACAGCCAGCAAAUCAUCCGCCAGUACAACGGUCACCACCGCGGUGCCGUCUGCGUGGCGCUAAACGACUAUUCCGAGUCUCGCUAGGAGGGGUCGCGGCGUCGUAGCCA